ACAGCUGACGUUGAAACGAUUUAGUUUCGUCGUAGAAACACACAUGUCGCCUGUGCUAUAAAUAGACCACAGCACAUAAAGUGAUAUUAACACUGUGUCGAGUUGACUACCUGUAUUGGGAUCUCGUACCGUACAGGUAGAUCUAGAUUUGUCCAGCUACGUAACAACAUGGGGGUGAAACAUUCGAAAACUGGACGAUACACGGAGGGUUCAUCUUCAGUUAAAUCACCUCCGCCAGUGCGACCACCUUCAAAAUCAAGAAAGAAGCUUCUACUGGCCACAUUUGAAGCGAUAGACACCCAUGCCCUGAAGGCACCGGUUACCGCAUGCGUGUCAGUGACGAAGCUCGCCCAGUAUCUAGUACAGCCGGCCAAGAAUGACAUAGAGAAGGUUCGAGCCUUCUACAAGUGGAUCGCAGAGAAUAUCAGCUACGAUGCCUUUGGUGUACGCUUGAAGACAUACGGACGCCAGGACGCCGAACGUGUGUUACAAAAACGCCAGGGCGUCUGUGAAGGUUAUGCCAACUUGUUCCUGUCUCUCUGCAGUGAAGUAGGAAUCCCCUGUAAAAUGGUGAUAGGAUUCAGCAAGGGACGCAACUACAACCCCGAGAUCGGCUUCACGCCGGAAUCUGAAACAGCGCAUGCCUGGAACAUUGUGUAUGUUAGCGGACAGUGGCUCCCCGUGGACGUGACCUGGGGGGCUGGCAGCGUUAAUGAACACAACAGAUUCCAGAAGCGUUAUGAAGAUAUAUACUUUCUCACAGAUCCAAAAGACUUUGCUGUUAAACAUUUCCCUUACAUGGAUCAUGAUAUGGACAACAGCAAGACGUUGCAGUUACUAAAAAGACCCCUCUCUCUGGAGGAGUUUAACAAAAGCGCUGGAGUCGACACAACUGGAAUAAUAUGGGGCCUUGUGCCAACUUCGCACAAACAACUCACCAUUGAGGUGGAGAAAGAAUGUUCUAUAACGUUUAAAACAAGGCAUAAGGAUCUGCAAAAUAUCUCAUGUCAUAUGACAGACAAAUCGCCAACAGACUACGAGCCAUACGUUGUGUUGAGGAAGACAGGACAGAAGAGAUUUACAAUUGACGUGACACCUCCAAAGACAGGAAAAUACGACCUGAGACUCUACGGAAGAGCAGUUGAUUCCAAUGAAGUUGCUCAUUCCCAAAUAAUCACGUACAAGAUCAACUGCAGAUCAGUUCACGACAAGGUGCUUCCUCGCCCUCUUCACACUGGGUUAUGGGGAGUCAAGCGAGAUGUUGACGUCGACAAGUAUGGCUUCGCGUCCAACGUGAGGUCCAAUGACGUCAUAGUUAGUAAAAAUGGAACAUUCAAAUUAAGGUUAAACACAAGAAGAAAACCAAAAGCAAUAUUUCGACUGGAGGACGCAAACAAAAAGGACCUCCGUCAAUACAUUUGUCCAUACUUGGGUCGCGGGUUUAUAGAAGUCAUUGGGAGUUUACCUAAGGAGGGAGUUUACAAACUGAUUUUGCAUUGCAACUCUGGUGCUGAUCAGAGGGAGUAUGAUCACCUUGGUGAGUGGAUGAUUACAUGUAAUAACCCUCCUCCAGAACCUGCGUUAUAUCCCAUUCAGGAUACACUGUGGGGUGCUCGGCCAGAAGCAGACGAGUACGGAUUCCUGGAUGAUAUCUUCUCCAAGAGCUUGUUCACUACCAGGAAUGGUGAGCUGCAACUGCAACUGAAGACAAGCAAGUUUAUAACGACGUCCGUGAAACUGUACCAACAACUCGCCACCGAGUCCAAGUUGGACAAUCAUGUUUUGGAGUAUUUCAGCGGCAACACGCUGGUUAUCAAAGUAAGGUUACCCAAGGCUGGGUUUUACAAACUGUCCCUUUUCGCUAAGCAUGAGGGCAGGAAAGCGUCCCAAUCCCUCGAUCUUGUUGCGGACUUUCUUGUUGAGAGUAAAUCCGAUGCUGCAAACACGAAGUCAUUUCCAAAGGUCUACACACAUGCGAAGACAUAUGGAUGUGUACUUCUCGAACCAAUGCAUGGGUCUUUAGCAGCCAAUCAAACUGUUCGUCUGAGACUGCGGUCGAAGAAUCUGAAACGAAUUAUGGUAAAUAAUGAUGUCCAUGAAAAGAAGUCUGGGGAUUUGUUUGAUAUCUCUUUUGAGGCACCUGGAAAAGGGUUUGUGGGUGUGUUUGGGACACCGGAUCAAGAAGGGAACAAAUUUGAUGGACUGUACGAGUACACCAUUAGCUGAUUCACAUGACACAACUCUCAAUAAGUCUUCCUGUGCAUGUUACGUCCGUACAUGUAACCUCACUGUGUCAUGGGUGAGCGAGCGAAUGCACAUCGACGAAGUUCGCUCUCAAAUACGAUUCACGCUGUGAUAUAACUUGUAUACUGAUCAAACCAUAAACAUCUAAUUCACUCACAAAUGAUGGUUGUGGUCAGCAGCAGUUAUCGCCAAGAUUUGGACCAAGAACGAUUUGACGUAACGUCACUCAAAACUGGCUUACUUUUGUCAUUGCGUUUACCGUGCACACUCACAAACUCAGUCAUUGGUGAUCAUGGUCAGUCAGAGUGCAAUAACGCAACUAGAGUGCUGAUUGACAUGUUUUCUUUAUAUUGGACUCUUGUCCAGCUUGUAAGUUCAUUUCCGGAAUAAAUGUGUUGAAAAAGUG